CCCACCCAUCCUUCCUCCCUCCUCCCGUCUCCAAAUCCUCCCCCGCUCCUCGCCUCUUCUUCUUCUUCGUUGGCCGAGCUUCGAGGCGGCUCCAUCGCUCCCUCCUCGAGCUCCGCGGGCUAUCUCGUUCGCUCUCUAAUUGGAUUCGAAUGGGUAACAGAACGAGUUAGGCUUGUAGAUCUGUGUCCUUCACACGGGAUUCGCGGUUUGGGUCGUGUCAAGGUGUUCUCUUUGUUGGGUUCGAGGGCGAUUAGGGUUAAAGCUCGGAGUUUGGUUUUGGGAGUGGAGAGAUGCCGGCUCCGGGGUUUCCUUCCUCGAGGUCCGAGAGGAGAGAGGAUGCCAAUAAGAAGCAGCAGCAGAGGAGGGACCCGUACGAAGUUCUUGGUGUUUCUCGCAAUGCUACGGAACAGGAAAUCAAAAGUGCGUAUAGGAGAAUGGCCCUCAAGUACCAUCCCGACAAAAAUGCAAAUGAUCCUAUCGCAGCGGAUACCUUUAAGGAGGUCACAUUCUCAUACAAUAUCUUGUCUGAUCCAGAUAAACGACAUCAGUAUGACACAUCAGGUUUCGAGGCUAUUGAAUCAGUUAGCCAAGAAUUGGAGGUUGAUCUUUCAAAUCUUGGUACUGUAAACACAAUGUUUGCUGCACUUUGUAGUAAACUUGGAGUGCAGAUUAAGACAACUGUGUCUGCAACUGUUUUGGAGGAGGCACUUAAUGGCACAGUAAUUGUUAGUCCACUUCCAUUGGGUCAGUUGAUUGCCAGAAAGGUAGAAAAGCAGUCUGCUCACUUUUACUCGGUAGAAAUAACAGAGAGGGAGGCCCAGAUGGGAGUGGUUUGUCGAGUUUGUUCUGCUGAAAAAAGCAAAUUCAAGCUACUAUAUUUUGAGCAGGAAGAAAAUGGACUUGGUCUUGCAUUACAAGAAGACAGCAUCAAGACCGGAAAGGUUACUUCUGCUGGAAUGUUCUUUCUUCGCUUUCCUGUUUAUCGGUUUGAUCAAAGCCAAUCGGUAGCAAUCGCUAAAGAUCCUGAUGCCAAAUUCUUUAAGAAAUUGGAUGGAUUUCAAGCAUGCGAAGUAAAUGAACUGAGAGCUGGCACCCAUACAUUUGCUGUCUAUGGUGACAACUUCUUCAAAAGUGUAAGCUACACAAUAGAAGUUAUGUGUGCUGAACAAUUUUCAGCGGAAAAGGAAAAGCUUCAGGAUGUGGAGGCAAAGAUAUUAACCAAAAGGGCUGAGCUGUCCAAGUUUGAGACAGAAUAUCGAGAGGUGUUAGCCCGAUUCACCGAGAUGACAAGCAGAUAUGCACAGGAAAUGCAAUCAAUUGACGAGCUUCUUAAGGAAAGGAAUGCUAUUCAUGCCUCCUACACCAUCAUUCCUCCUUUAAAACAGAAUUCAAGUAGCAGCAAGAUGAGCAGUGCCUUCAAUGGCUCUAAUGGCGAAGAGGAGUGUCCAACAAAGGAAAAGAAGUCAAAGGAUGAAAAGAAAUGUAGGGACCCGACGAAGAGAAAGAAAUGGUUUAAAAUUCAUUUGAAAAUGGACAAAAGAAAGCCAUGUUGAGCAUGAUGGAUUGUGUAUGUUUGUCCUCUUAAAGUAUCAGAGAUUCUCAAGAUAAGAUGCCUCCAAGAACAUAUUUGUUCUAA